UGUUACUAGGCAACAGAAAAAUCGAUAAAUACAUUCGUGCAACGAUUGUCGAUAGUUUUCUUCAGUUAGUCCUUUUGACUAGUACUCAAAUGUACUUUCUUUCGAAUUAACAAUUUAAAUGAUCGAUAUAUUUGAUACUAAAAAAAAUGGCAAAUAAAAUACGAAAGCAAAAAAUAGCUGCCAAUUAUAAAGUUAAAGAACCUAUAAGCAACUUUAAAAUAAGAGUCAAAAUCGUACAGCAAAGGCCUUUGCUUGCAGAACUCUUAGAAAAUGAAGAGGAUACCAGAGACUCGAAUUUUCUUGAAGAAGAAGAUCGUAUUUUUAACUGGCAAGAAAAAGUAUUUAGUCCGUUCGAAGUGAGUUUUUAUAGCAAAGAGACAAAUUGUCUGACUGAAUCUCAAAAAGCAUAUUAUCAAGAAAUCAAAGAAAAAAAUAUUGAAGGUUCUCGACUUUAUACCUAUACGCAAAAUGAUUCUUAUUAUUUAAAUGAUGACUUAUUAACGAAACCUUAUAAGACAAAACUAGCGAUCAGAAAUCAAACUGCAUUACCGGUUUUGCAAAAUCGCAAACCUUUUUCUGAAAGAUACAAUAAAAUGGUUAUAGAUAAUGUACCUGAUGAAACUAGGAUUCGAACGAAUCACUAUCUUUAUAUGGAUAGUUCUACGAUGUAUGUCAUGGUUGACUUAUCUCAACAAGAUAAAAUCUUAACAAGUUCUGAUGAGGAUACGGAAAUAGUGUUAUUUGUUAUUACGUAUGAUCGAUUGCACAAACUUUUAACAGUAAAUCCUGAUUUUACGGACGAUUAUUAUUAUAUUAUCACGAAUUCCAGUGGAAUUCAAUUUAAUUAUUGGCUCGAACAUGUUUCCGAGAAACAGUCAUCGUUGGAAUUACAACAACAACAAAGCGAAAUGCAACGAGAAAUUAAAGAACAACUGAUGCACAAAGAAGCAGAAAUAUUUCGAGGCAUGCAAUUAGUAUUACCAAAUGUAUAUAAAUAUUUUAUAAAAUUAGAUAUUUUAUCAGCUCAUAAUUUCUUUUUUGAUGGGCUUUGUAUUUCUUACCAUGUUUAUUUACCAGAACAUUGGAGUACAAAUCAAAGUGAUAGUUUAUUUGGAAGAACUCAAAGAUGUAAUUUAAAGAAUAAUUCAGCAUAUUUUAGUUAUGCUUCAGAAAUAUCAUUAGAAUUUCAAUCAACUGCUGAGCUUGAAAUGAAUAAUCUUCUAUCAUCUUGGCCUCGAUUCUUAUUAUCAGUUACAUCACUUGAUAGUUGGUUUAGAUAUCGUACAGAAGGUUAUGCAGCUAUACCUUUGCCUGUGCUACCUGGUUUAUAUAAAUUUAAUAUUCCUACUUGGCGACCAUCAGGAAGUAUUAUUAAUUCUCUUAGAAGAUUUUUCACAGGUGGUACUUAUGAAUUAGAAGACAUAACUUUCUGUAGUAUUCCCAAAGGACAUGAAGAUAAAAUAUUAAAUAAAUCACAAUUAAAUGUUACAUCAAGUGGUUAUAUAAAAUUAAAAAUGAAUAUCAUUCAUCAAACUCAUAAUUCGAUUAAAAAUAAUGAUUACUUAGAUUAUUUUCAAAAACUGAGUACAGAUAAAUUUAUGUCUAAUAUAGACAAUAUUUUUGAACAAUUUAAAGCAGCCAGAGAACGUAUGUUACAAAUUCGAAAUUUAAAUAUUUAAUUAUUUAAACUUAAAUAAGCAAUAACUAUAAAAAAAAUUAUAUUUAAAUAGAAAAAAUAAUCUGUGAUAUAUUAUAAAUA